GGGGUGGGGUUCUUCAUGUUGCUUUGUUCCUCAGCAUAUUUGUGUUCGAUUAAGUUGGGUUGAAUUCUAGCUUAAUGAACAACUAUUGAAUACCAGUUGUUUAAAGAACUGGUCAAUCCCAAUUAGUAAUACAAGUCCUGCAGGCUGCGCACUACAAGUGACCAACACAUGAGGCACCAUCGAAAGAUACAUAUUCAAGGAUUUUUAUCCCAUGUUGUGUUAGGUACAUAUCUUAGGAAGUAGUUUACACUAUAGUAUGUUGCAAUAUUAAAUAUAAGUGGUACCUCUUGAAUGCUUGUUUGACUUCUAGAAUGACAUUAUCUAGGUAAAUACAGGAGCUUAUGUUAGGUCUUUUCGUCCAUUCCCUGCACCUUGUACACUUAUGUUUCGUCAAAUUUCUGACGUUUGAUUAUCUCUCAUCCACCUCUGGAUUACCCUUUCUGCUAUAUACAAUGCUUCCUUCUCCCCGCAGUUCACAAAGCCCGAACGCUGGUCGAGUGCCACCAGUCAAACUCCGCAGUGCAUGUAAUCAGUGCUGUGCAGCAAAGGUCAAAUGCUCAGGGGAGAAGAGUGGAUGUGAGCGUUGUCGUAAUACAGGGGCGCAAUGCAUUUACUUGGAGUCAAAGGUCGGCAAGGUCCCAGGUAUACGGGCGAAAAAGAAACAGCUUCAUAGCCAGGGACCAGAGCCAUCGCAAAAACCGGCCACAGCAUCUCAUAGGUCUGAGACACCCAUUACCGUUACAUCAGACGUUAAUUCUUCUCCCGAUCAUGGGCAAGAUGAUUCUACGGGGUGGACUGCGGGGUGGAACUUUAAUACGACCGAUGAGACCGCCAAUUUAAAUGUUGAUCUUCAUGCUUCCACCGAAGAAUCAUCUGUUUCCCCUGGAGCUACCAUGGACUUCCCUUCUAAUGAGGAAUACCCACUGGUUGCUUUAGAGGGAAGUCUCGAAGAAUUCUUGAUGGCUCAGGGAUCCUUGCCAUCUUCUUCGGCAGAGCAGGUUCAACAGGUAGUCCCUCUUACUCACCGUCCUGCUUCGGUCGAAAUACGCCACCAGAAGCAGCUCGAUAGUCAGUGUUGUGUCGAGUGUUGUAAAAUAAUAAGCGAGCUAGAAAGUUAUAUUGCGGCAGAGUUGAAAGUGCUUAAAAUUGUGUUGGUGAUCUUACGGGGAACGCUUGAGAAGGUGGCACAUCUAAUUGAGCUCCAGCAGAGUUCCAAGAACCCGAGGUGUCUGACGUUAUUUUCUACACUCAUGUACCAAGUUCUAGAGCUUUUGGAAGUCUGCCUAUCAAUCGUGAUAGACGAAAACCACAGUCAGCGGAGUCAUAGCCUGAUCUGGGGCUCCACGGGUCUUGGAGUUGGUGACUUUUCCCUUGAAUCAGAAGACCAGUCUGCUUCUAGGACACAAAAAAUAGCCAUUACCAAGAUUGUUCGACAGGCAAUAGAGGCUCUUGGAAAAUUGCAGGACUUAGCCGGUGCCCGCCAAGACCUUUUUUCUACGAAUCAAACAAACACAGUCUAUGGGAACAGGAGAGAUUGUUACGCAGAUCUCGAAUAUAGAUUCAAAGAGCUAACCGUAAGAUCAGCUAGGGAGGGUUAAGAAUAAUUUUGUACUUACCCACAUGGCCAACAACUUGAAUGAGACAAUGUAUGUUUACGUAGGAAACUCUUCUCUACCAUGUCGCAUACGAUACUUAUCAAGAUAUGGGAGAUACAUCGGUUUUAUUGCUGAUGUAUAUAUAGGGGCGCUUACCCACUAUAUUUCUAUAUGUAUAGCUCUUUUCAUUCCUCUGCUCCGUCGGAGCCAACAAAAAGAAUACAGGGUAUUUUAAGUGUGAUACCUUACCUAUUGACCUUUCGGUUAUGUUUAGGGUUAGCCCGUUAGCAAGUUUAAUUUUAUGUAUUAUAGCAAUUUGUUCAACAUAUAUAUAUCAACAUCAACAUCAA